UGAAAGAGGAGGAAGUAUCUGGGCAUGCGCAGAGUGAUCCAAAACAUAGGAUUCGCCAUUUUUCUGAUGAUGUGAGAUUUCAUCGGUUGUCCGUUUAAAAUGACAACAUUUGCAGAAAGUUUUUGGGGAGGGAAGAACAAUGGGUUCUAUGUGUUAUACCAUAACAUGAAACAUGGUCAGACAUCUACCAAAGAUCUCAUUGACUUCCUUCGUGAAAGUUGUCAAGUUGAGGAAACAUACAGUAAAUUACUAACAAAAUUGGCAAAAGUUGCAGCAAACAGCACACAUGUUGGAACUUUUGCUCCAUUUUGGAAUAUCCUGAAAACAUUGGCAGAAAAGUUAGCAAGUUUACACAUGCAACUUGUACAUACAUGGUCGGACCUGAUCAAAGACAUUGUCAGAUAUAAUGAAGACCAGCACAGGCGGCAUAAAAGUAUGAAGGAAGGAGAAUCUGGUACACUAGAGGUUGUACAGUCAAUACAGAACACAACAACAGCACUACAUAGGGCCAAAGAAAUAUAUCACACUAGAUGUUUAGAACUAGAAAGAUUGAAAAGAGAAAAUGCUUCUCCAAAAGAUGUAGAAAAGUCGGAAACAAAAUAUAAAAAAGCAAAGGAAGAAUACAAGAAUUUGGUGGAGAAGUAUGCUACAAUUAGAGAAGAUUUUCAAAAUAAAAUGGUUGAUUCAUGUACACAUUUCCAAGAGUUAGAAGAGGAACAUAUAUGUCAAAUGAAAGAUUUUAUUGAUACCUAUGCAAGAGCUAUGCAGAAUGAACAUGUCCUGUUUGGACAAGCACAAGAAGAAUUCAGAACUAGCAGUGAUUCACUGACUGUACAGAAGUUGUUAGAAACUUUUAUAGAGGUCAAAUCUACAGGCAAGGAGAAGCCAGCUGUAUACAAAGGUGCCCCAAUAGUAGAUCCAGGUCCACUAGAGUUUGUUGAACCUGAUUUGUCAAGUUUACCAUCAGCGAGACCAAUGUCUCCAGAUACUGGUAGCAGUGAGAAAAGAGACAGUAUCAGCGACAGAAGUAAAGCAGAUUCAGCCAUAUUUACGGACUCAAGUGGUAGUGCAAGUCCCGUUCCAUCCGACCAGCCGGGGCCUCUGAGUCGCAGCGUCAAACUACGGGUGUCCCGAACAUGGUUUUUAAAAAAGAGAAAAGAAAAGAAGAAGAAGAAAAAGGAUAAAGAUGACAAAGAUUCUGAAUCUGUGGAUACUCAGGAGAGUGGUGAGGCAUCACAGAAUGCUCCGGAGGUUGAUGAGGAAGGUUUCAGUAUACGACCGACAAGUGCAGAUAAUAAUGGUGAUAAUAAGAGCUGGUACUCGUCAGACUCUGAUUCUGACUCAGACACGGAUAUUGCCAAAAAGUUGAAAGUUCAAAUUAAACCUCUUAGUCCAACAGGAAGUCAACCUUCAGCAAAUGUAGAUGACAUUAGAACAUCAAUGGGCAUGUUACGUCUUUCACCAACAGUAGGGAGGAAAGGACGGACAACUCCAGUAGACAAGAAGAUGAUGAUGAAACGUUCACAGUCAGAAUCGGAUACUUUAGAUGUUGUGACAAGCAAAUCUGGUGUAGAUUUAUUAAAUAUAGAUAUAUUUGCAUCAAGUGCUUCAACUCCGACAGGAGGUUACCAGUUACCCUCACCCCUCUCCCCUAUGUCAGACGGUGUGUUCAAUAGUGAUACUAGUGCUAUAACUUCUUCACCUCUUUCAUUAUCAAAUACUAGUGACUUACUGAAUCAGGCUCGAUUAUCAGGCAGUGAUCAACCAAGUGUGUCACCUAGUCAUAAUGUUGUAGAGAAUGGUGUAGCGCCACCACUGCCUCAGAGACCACCCUCAAGGAAUAAAGGCAUUCUACCUCAGGUACCUGCGCGACCUUCAGGAAGGAAUAGUCCAUUUGGUCUGAACCGUGUAGAUUCAGGCAGUUCUGUUACAUGGAACACAACCUCUAUGCCAGUUGGGUCAUCCAGGGGGCCAAGUCCACUGACUAUAGGUAUGGCAGAUGUGGUACCUCUUGCAGUUGCCUUCACAGAAACUAUCAACGCUUACUUCAAGGGAACAGACGCUACCAAAUGUUCGGUGAAAAUGACUGGCAAUUUGAUGAUGUCAUUUCCUGCAGGAGUUGUUCGGGUUUUUAUGGAUAACCCAAAUCCUGCAGUCCUUAGUUUUAGACUCAAAAAUGGUUCACAAUUGGAACAAAUUUUGUUAAAUAAGCAAUUGGUAUCAGAAGAUUCUAGUCAGUCUAUAGAUGGGAGUCCAGUCUACACGUUUGAUAUGCAGGCACUCGGUGACCACCUACGCAGUCAGGGAGAAACUAAUAAAUCAGCGUCCUACUUCAAUAUAGACAUUCUCAAAUACCAGAUGAAAGCUUUGCCAGGGGUAGAGAGUACACCAUUGCCUGUUGUUGUGUACUGGAAAUGUGAGGAAUCCUGUACAGAUUAUAGACUGGAUUACAGGUUUAAUCCUGGGGCAAUGACCUCUGGGGCAACGCUGAAAAACAUCAGUGCUACAGUGAUAGUGGACGGAGGGGUAACUAGCAUGCAGAGCAUUCCUGAAGGCAAUUGGAACAGUGAAACAAAACGAGCUACAUGGAAACUGAAUGAUAUAUCUGAAGUUAGUGAAAGUGGUACACAUGGGUCCAUACGAGCAAAGUUAACACUCAGCAACGGGAAAUCCACUCCGUCAACAACCGCUAUACAGUUUCUCUCUGAGGGCGCUACUUUAUCAGGAAUCGAAUUUGAAUUAGUUGGCUCAGGUUACAGAAUAUCUCUGUCCAAGAAAAGAUUUGGUGCAGGUAAAUACCUUGCUGAUCCAGAACAGGGUUUGAAGUAUGUUUGACAGGGACACAGUCUACAUUACCAAUUUGGAGAACCAUUCCACUCUACUGAUCUCACCAAUCAGAUUCCAGUUUACAUUUUCAAAUCUACCAAUCGCAAUUUUGCUAUUUUGUAGCAUUAGUUAAAGACUGAACACAUUUAUACAAUUAACACCUUGAACUUGGAGAAUGGUUUAGAAAAUAAUCAUAUUUUUCAUUUAGAGGAGAGAAAAAGAAUCAAAACAUGUUCCAGGUUUAGCUUUGUACUCACGCAAGUUUCUUAUACAUCAUAAAGUUAUGUACAGAUCGUGUAGUGUAUUUAUUUGUUUGUUAUUCUCCUGGAUGUACAUUCACUAUUUAAGUGGAGUAGGAUAUUUUUCCUACAUUGAUGAAAUACCUGCAUGAUAAGUGUUCAAAUUGCCAUUUGUUGAUGGCCAUCCAAACUUGGUUAGUAUUUUACUGUGAAUUCGAUAUGAACUUAGAAAAACAGAAAAGUAGCUUGCCUCAUGUUUAUGAAGGUUUUAGUAAACAACAGAUGUGUGUUAAACUUCUGCAGUAUAAAUAGGUAUUGCAGGUGCAUACCAGUGAUAAAUAAAUUGUUAACAAAUCUAAUUUUACAUUAGGUUCUAUGGACAAUGAUCAUUGGAGUUAUUCAGGUUUUCUCUUAGUGUUCAAACUUUAAUAUGACAUGGUUGUACUGCUCAAUAUCUCUGUAUUGUAAGCUUUAUGUUGGUGCAUUGACUUGUUUGUACAAUGGCCUAAAAGCAAAUGUGUUUCUUUUUUAGUUUUGAUGAAAAAAUAUUUUAUUUCUAAAGGUUGUAUUUGUUUGUAAGAAUAUGUCUUCCAGUUGUAGAUUGCCUGUUUUCUGUAGAAAGUUAACGAUUUUAUCCAGUAAAAUCAUAGCCAAUCAAUUCAGGUUUUAAUCUAAACUUUUUAUAUUUUGAACUUUGCUUUCUAAGGACUAAAGAAUUUUAGGCGGGAUAUGAACAUAAUGGCAUUGACUGUUAAUGUAACAGUAGUUCUGUUUCUUUUGUUUAACAGAAAUGAUGAAAAUAAAUUGGUAUGAUUUAAAUUGUUUUCAAAGCCGAUUUUGCAAUGGAGGAUAUAACUGUCCUUAACUAAUUUUUUAAGUCACUUUUUCUGCGCUUUAACUGGUACUGUUUUUACAUGGAAACAAGUUUAAGUAACAACAAAUACAGGAAAAAUGGCAUCAAAUUUGAAGAAUAUAAACACAGGUUUUUGAUGCCUUAACAUAAAAAAGCAGAUAAGUGAGUUAUUCUGGAUGGUCAGGUUUGUGAAAAAGAAACCUGGUUUAUCUUUAUCAUUUAUGAGUUUUUAUUAAUCUGAUAGGAUCAUGUACCGUAGAUACCCAUGUAUAAUGCGCAGUUUUUUUACCCCCGGGACCACCCCCGAAUCGUGGGUGCGCAUAAUAUACAGGUAUAGACAAUUUUCCUACUUCAAAACAAGUUUGUUACCGAUGUUCGCCAUUUUGGUAAAGGGAAACUACUCCCCACGCUUACUGUCUCCGCUAAAAUCUAAGAUUGCCGUUACGUUCCGUAAAAGAUUGAAUUGUUUAUUUUUCUUUGAAACAAAAUUAAUUUCAUAUAAAUUUAAAAGUAUUUUGACGAAAGAAAUGUUUAUAAAUCACAAAAAUUAUGAUACUAAUUAAAGAUCGAGAAUUAUCUUUAACCGAGAUCAAACUGUGAACAACAUAAUUGACACGAGGUGACACGUUAAUUGCCGGUAAUUACUGGCUUUAUGAUUGUGACAAAAAGACUAUCACACCUUUUGUUAUCAGUUUGAAUUGAGAAGCUCAUGUCAUUUUGAAAGAUACCAUUCCGAAAUAUUGAAUCAGCUGCUAUUUAUUUAUUCAAAAUAGUGAAUUAAAAAAGGUAAAACAACAAAUAUUACAAUAAUUUACUGGUUUUAUUUUCGAGAAAACAAAAAUCGAUAGUACCGUGAGACUGAUGCUGCUCUCCGCCGCGGAGAUAAAAUUUAUUACCGGUGUCGAUGUAAACUCUACUUUCGUUUUCCAUCUACCUCAAAAAUUGACCAAUUUUUUUUUUUUUUUUUUUUUUUUUUCCCAGGAUUUUGGACUAAGAUCGGGGGUGCGCAUUAUACACGGGUGCGCAUUAUACAUGGGUAUCUAGGGUAUAUUACUGAAAUACACAUGCAUACAUGCAUAUUGAAUUGUUCACAGCAGUAUACUUAUCUCUUGCUUGACUUGCUUUGUAGAAAGAUAAUCUCACAUUAAUUUUCUCUUUUUAACCAGGUUUUCGUUGAAAACCUGAGUUAUUAGAUUGGGGUAUGUCGUUGGUUGGGCGGGCGGUGGCGUCAAACUGGUGUUUCCGGUCAAUAACUUCAGUUUUGGUAAAGAUAUUUGAAUAAAACUUGGUAUGUAUGUAGCUUAAAUCAAGACAAAGGCUGGGAUUGAUUUUGGGAUUUCUGGGGUCAAGGUCAAGGUCACUGUUACUUAAAAUAGAAAAAGGGUUUCUGGUCAAUAACUUAAUUUAGGAAUGAGCUAUCAUGAUGAAACUUGGUAUGUAUGUAGCUUAUAUCAAGACAAAGGCUGGGAUUGAUUUUGGGGUUUCUGGGGUCAAGGUCAAGGUCACUGUUACUUAAAAUAGAAAAAGGGUUUCUGGUCAAUAACUUAUCUUAGGAAUGAGCUAUCAUGAUGAAACUUGGUGUAUAGAAAACUUAUAUAAAGUUGUAGCUUGGGAUUGAUUUUGGGGUUUCAGGGAUCAAGGUCAAGGUCAUUGUUACUAAAAAUAGGGUUAGGGUUAGGGUUGUGCUUUAAAGUGGUGCACUGUGAUUCAGUAUACUUUUUUAUUCUUAUGAAAAGUGUUGAAAACCUGGUUUCGUGGCAUUGCUGCGUUUCUUGUUGAUUAUUUAGAAUUAGAUGUAUAUGGUCCUUGCCUUUUAUUUAUGUGAUUUUCUGUAUUGCUUAAGUAAUUUGCAAAAAAUAUGAUGAUCUUUUUGUUUUGGUAUUUUUAAAGGAAUUUGAAGGACUGUCAUAAUUAUGGACUUGGCACAUUUUGUUAGUUGCCACAGUAUAAAUUACUAAGGCAGUAGCAUUCACCAGCUUUUAAACAUUUUUGAUUUCAGGCUACCAAAGUACAAUUAUGUUUGAUAUUUCCAGUCAUUUUAUUCUAAACAAAAGUUAUGUUAAUUUUUAGCUCACCUGUCACAAAGUGACAAGGUGAGCUUUUGUGAUCGCGUAGCGUCCAUCCGUCCGUGCGUCCGUCCGUAAAAUUUUGCUUGUGAACACUCUAGAGGUCACAUUUUUCAUGGGAUCUUUAUGAAAAUUGGUCAGAAUGUUCAUCUUGAUGAUAUCUAGGUCAAGUUCGAAACUGGGUCACGUAUGAUCCAAAACUAGGUCAGUAGGUCUAAAAAUAGAAAAACCUUGUGACCUCUCUAGAGGCCAUACUUUUCAAUGGAUCUUCAUGAAAGUUAGUCAGAAUGUUCACCUUGAUGAUAUCUAGGUCAAGUUUGAAACUGGGUCACGUGCCAUCAAAAACUAGGUCAUUAGGUCAAAUAAUAAAAAAAACCUUGUGACCUCUCUAAAGGUCAUAUUUUUCAUGGGAUCUGUAUGAAAGUUGGUCUGAAUGUUCACCUUGAUGAUAUUUAGGUCAGUUUUGAAACUGGGUCAACUGCGGUCAAAAACUAGGUCAGUAGGUCUAAAAAUAGAAAAACCUUGUGACCUCUCUAGAGACCAAACUUUUGAAUGGAUCUUCAUGAAAAUUGAUCAGAAUGUUCACCAGAUUUGAAACUGGGUCAUAUGCCUUCAAAAACUAGGUUGGUAGGUCAAAUAAUAAUAAAAAACCUUGUGACCUCUCUAGAGGCCAUAUUUUUCAUGGGAUCUGUAUGAAAGUUGGUCUGAAUGUUCAUCUUGAUGGUAUCUAGGUCAGGUUCAAAACUGGGUCAGCUGCGGUCAAAAACUAGGCCAGAAGGUCUAAAAAAAAGAAAAACCUUUUGACCUCUCUAGAGGACAUAUUUUUCAAUGGAUCUUCGUGAAAAUUGGUCUGAAUGUUCAUCUUGAUGAUAUCUAGGUCAAAUUUGAAAUUGGUCACGUGCCUUCAAAAACUAGGUCAUUAGGUCAAAUAAUAGAAAAACCUUCUGACCUCUCUAGAGGCCAUACUUUUCAAUGGAUCUUCUUGAAAAUUGGUCAGAAUUUUUAUCUUGAAGAUAUAUAGGUCAGCUUGAAAACUGGGUCACAUGAGCUCAAAAACUAGGUCACUGUGUCAUAUGAUAGAAAAAACGACAUCAUACUCAGUUCAAAAAUGGGUCAUGUGGGGACAGGUGAGCGAUUAAGAACCAUCAUGGUCCUCUUGUUUAAAGAUUGUUUUGUGAUAGAAUAUGCAAAACUGUGAAAGAGAAGGAAAGAGAGAUCUAAGUGUUACAGUAAUGGAAUUUAGUCUUUGUUAUUUUUUUUUUUCAUGAAAACAUCCUUUUAUGAUUGAUGGAGGGUGCAAGGGGAUGUAAUUAUAUCAUAGGCUUCUAUUAUCCAAAUUAGUCUGUAUAUACUGGCUGUAAGACACAGUAAAGUAAUAACCAGAUAAGUACUUGAUCUGUACCAAAAUUCACCAGUAAUAAUGGUAAUCAGGAAUGAUUUAUGCAUUUGUUGAUAUUUUAUUGGGACUUGUGCAAUAGAUAUUUUUGUCUUGCAUCUGAAAACUAGUUUGUUAAUUUCAUAAAAAUGUGAUAUUUGUAUGCAUAUAAAAUUUUCUAUUAUAUGAGAAUUAUUCAGCACAAAUUCACACUCUUAUAUACAUGUAUAUGGAAGAAGAUUUUAAUCUUUCCUCAAUGGCAUUGCUAUUUGUUUAGCUCGACUAUUUGAAGAAUAGUCCAAGCUAUUCUACUCACCCUGGUGGCAGCGUCACACCUUGGUUAAAGUUUUAUAUGCAAGCACUUAUAUAUAUUUUUUUCUUUUUCUAAGUCAAUAUGCAACCUCACUGGGUCAAGUCCCAUAACUCUGACAUGUAUUUUGGCCAAAUUAUGCCCACUUUUGGACUUAAAGUUUUGCAUGCAAGCUACUUUCUCCAAACUUAAUGCAGAUAUUGAUUUGAAACUUGACAUGUGUUUUCGGGGUUAUAAAACUAGGUGAUAGCAUCAAGUUCCAUAACUCUUACAUUUAUUUUGGCCAAAUUAUGCCCAUUUUUGGACUUAAAAAAAAAACUUGGUUAAAGUUUUGCAUGCAAGUUAAAUAGAAACUCUAUAGAUAUUGUAACAUUUAGGGUAAUAUUCCUGCUUCUGCAACAACCAUUUGAAUAGUCGAGCAUUGGCUGUCGUACGGACAACUCUUGUUUUUGUUGCAACUUUUUUCUCCUGUUGGAAAGCAAUUUAGAGAAAAAAUGUUAUACAUGAUAUCUUGUACAGUAUGAUUUUGGUAAUUGUAUCAAAUCUUUUAAAACUUAUUCAGAGACGCAAAUGACUUGUGUACUCCGCAGAAAUGGCAAGGAGGACAUGUAACAGUUCUGUUUUAGGGUCUUAUACCUCUGCAUGGCCUAAGUUUGGAAGUAAAUGAAGCUGUGUAAAUUUUGGAGUUGCAGCAUACCAUACCUGUUUUGACCUGUAAAUUUCUUGAAGUUCUCUAAAGUGCAUUUAGAGUUUUAUUAUACUGUUACUUUGUUUUAAUACACAGUGCUUGAUGGAAAUACUUGUUAUUUUUCUCUGUUAAUGAUAUGUUGCUUGUAUUUUGUUAUUUAAAUGUAAGUGUGAAAUUAAUGUUAUGUUACAGGUAUUUUGGUUGUUGUAUACUGAUGCCAUACAAAUGAAUGUUCACAUUUUGUUUCCAUGUUUUUUUUUCUCUGUUCACUUAUAAAUUGAAACUUUCAGUAUAUUUUAGUUAACACCUUUUAACAUUAAAAAUGAUAUUGCCAGCAUAUUGAAUAAAGCCUUACUAACUUGGUUAAUUUGUCUUAAAAAUAAGAGUCUCGCUGUUUUAUCGGGAUAUGAAAAUUUAUCUUCUUAUAAUAGUCAAAGAGCAUGAUCGAAAGAAAUUAUUUGAUAAUAUUAUUUAGCAUUGAGAGAACAGUAUGUGAUUUAAGAUGUUUUGGUUAAUUGAUAUAUGUUAGAAGAAUGCAUACAACUAGCUUUCAUAAUCAUGUUUUAUAUUGGAUAUUUUAGAGAAAUUAUUGACUUUAUGACAAGGUUUAUUGAUGUGAUACAUCCCAGAAGUAAGCUGAUAUUGAUUGUAUUUAUUAAAAACAGUAAUUAAUUUACAUUUGAUUUGCACAAAUACCAUCUGACUUGCUCAGAUAUAUUGGCGCAGUGUUAUUGGCACGCUUCAUUCUGAAGGUGUUGUCAUUUAACACAAGGUUUAUAAUAAAAAGGUUGAUAAGUGGCUUCAAAUUGAAGACACACCCAAGCUAUAUUUAACAUUUUAGUAUUCACAUUUUGGUAAAGCCUUUCCUACAAAAUACAUAAAAACCAGGAACUUUGAUAGUCAGAAAAAUAAUGGAAUUUACUACUUAUAAAGACUUUUUAUUUCAAGUCUUCAUAUAUCCUGCAAUUUUAUCUAUGUACAUGUAUAUAUUAUAUUGCAACUCAAAGAUUAUUACAAAAUGUUAAGUUAAAAAAUGAUAAUAUUAUAUAGCAGUGAUUUUCACAGUAUUUAUUAAACAUGAAAAUAG